CGUGUUCUACUACUUCCGGUGAACACAAAAAUAAAACAAACUGAAACAAAUGUAGUCUCAUACCAAAGUUUGAGCAGAGAACCUCUCUGUCAUUUCUAAAGGAGUUUGUUAACAGACAUUAUCUGUUGGAAUAAAUCCUGCUGCUCAGGAUGUUGGCCACAGGAGCGACCGUAACCACGGCGCUCGUGCAGGUUGACAGAGAGAAGAUCUACCAGUGGAUCAACGAGCUGUCCAGCCCGGAGACCAGGGAGAACGCUCUGCUGGAGCUCAGCAAGAAGAGGGAGUCGGUACCGGACCUGGCUCCCAUGCUGUGGCACUCCUGUGGAACCAUCGCAGCCCUCCUGCAGGAAAUUGUCAACAUCUAUCCAUCAAUCAACCCCCCCACCCUGACAGCACACCAGUCCAACAGAGUCUGUAACGCUCUGGCUCUUCUACAGUGUGUGGCCUCCCAUCCAGAGACAAGGUCAGCGUUCUUAACGGCACACAUCCCGCUCUUCCUCUACCCAUUUUUACACACAGUCAGCAAAACGCGGCCUUUUGAAUACCUUCGCCUCACUAGUCUGGGAGUUAUCGGUGCUUUAGUGAAAACCGAUGAACAAGAAGUGAUCAACUUCUUGUUGACCACAGAGAUAAUUCCUUUGUGCCUUCGCAUCAUGGAGUCUGGAAGUGAACUCUCCAAAACGGUUGCUACCUUCAUCCUACAGAAGAUUCUCCUGGAUGAUACGGGGCUGGCUUACAUCUGCCAAACAUAUGAGCGUUUCUCCCACGUCGCCAUGAUACUGGGAAAAAUGGUCCUUCAGCUCUCCAAAGAGCCAUCUGCACGCCUGUUGAAACACGUAGUACGAUGUUAUUUACGACUGUCGGAUAAUUCCAGAGCCAGAGAAGCUCUGCGGCAGUGUCUCCCCGACCAGCUGAAAGACACCACCUUCGCUCAGGUCCUGAAGGACGACACCACCACCAAGCGCUGGCUGGCCCAGCUGGUGAAGAACCUGCAGGAGGGUCAGGUGACCGACCCCCGGGGGAUUCCUCUCCCCCAGCAGUGACCCUCCCCCCACACACAGACCCUGAGGAACACCAGCGAAGAACUGCCAAACAAACAGCACAGAUUCUCUGAGACUUACAGCUGCAGGUUCUGUGGUUCUGGUUUCAAAGAUCCACAUCCGUUCUGCUGAUGGAGGGAUGAUGGACAGCCGAAAUAAAAAGACUGAGUCAGUGCAAACAAACUCUGUCGAGACUUUUUUUUUUUCCUCCGUUAGAUCACGAUGCAGCUCUGUGAAGCUGGUCGGACCUGAAGAAGCUGUUAAUGUCAUCUGAGACCACAUGGAGGCGCCAUUGUUCUGCUUUCGCUGCAGGAGGUCUCGGCAGGUAGAGAUCAGGUAGAAAGACUGUACAUAUUAAAAUGAGUUCCACGGCUUCAGUCAGUGUUUCACCUCCUCUGGGACGGGAAACAAAGCUGGUCUACAGCUCGAUGUUCAGAGAAGACAUGAUGCAAAACUUUACACAAAACACAAGGAAUGUGUGUUCAGUCAGAGGCUUCUUCACCUCUCAUCCACAUGUUGAUUCUUGAUGCCGUAAAAUAUUUUUUUAUUUCUGACACAAGAAACUAAAUAAAUGUUUCAUUAUAAUUUCUACCACAAGAUGUAGUGAAGUUUCAUCUACAGACUAAAAAGAAUAUUUUUUGUUGUUGUUCGUCUUCUUUUGGGGGGGUUCAUGCCUCUAUAUUCAGUAUUGUCAAGCAUCACCUGUUUUUACUUGUAAUUGUAUAUUAAUAUUUUUAUUCAUUCAUAUAUUUAUGCAUUUAUUCAUUAACCAAUUUCCAGUAGUUUUCAUUUUUGGUAUUUAUUUUCUAAUUAAUUUUGUUUAUUAA